CUCAAUGGUCAAUGAUAGCUGCGCGCACCAGAGCUUCUGAGCUGGAGUCAUCUCGAUGAGGCACAUAGGCUGGCAAAAUUCGAUCCUGUGGUCUUGCUCAUCUAGGUCACAACAUUUGCCUGAACAAAAGGACAUGGGCAACAAUCACAAGAGAAAACAAGAGAUCCACAGCAGCUUUGAGUGAGAUUGCCCAGUGGACAUUGCCGCGCAACCUUAUAUCAAAUUUUACAGCUGCUGAAGGCUUUUUGCCAGUGAUACUGGUUGCAUUACGCUAUACGACAGCACGAGCACAUCGUUCACUGGCACAAACUGGGCCACAUUCCCACACAGCAUGGCAUAGAAAGCAGCAGUGUCGUCGAGGGAAAGCGUAAGAACUUUAGCAGUACACCGAGCUCGAUAGCACAUUAGCGGACUCAAUAUCCAGCUACCUCAACAUAAACACACCAGACCACGCCACUCAUGGCAGCUCCCCUGCCAUCAGCAGCAGCAUAUUGUGUGAGCGCUACCGCGUCCACAACGCUAGAGAUCGACAAGCAUUGAGAGACAGUUAUGGUCCUGGAUACUUAAAACUCAGAGGAAGUCGCACUAUGGAAGACAAGACGCCAUGAGGAGUUUUGGAAGGCGAUCCAUGAGCAAGUGCGCAGUAGCUUACUACAGGAGCAGUUUCCGUCCCGCAGAUCGAGGAUCGGGCAGGAGUGGAAGCAAAUUUGCGCGCGAGGGCGCAAGGCAGCGUAAGACAAGCAAGGACCAUCAAGACUACCGCUCAGAAAUGCUAUGUGCCCUAGCUAUCAUGUUUGGUACUGCUUUUGUUGCAAAGCUUGGUGCUUUUCCCGCCACCUUGGACUUUGUUGAGAGGGUGUUGGACGACACUUGGAGAGGGUUGAGGAGACUCCGGGAUGAUGUCCAUUGCUGGGCAUUUGGCACGACUUGGAAAGAGCAUCAAGGCUACAUAAUGGACGCAUGUCACAGAGCGGCAAGUCGUUGCCCUUGAUACGGUGAUCAUCGCAUAAUUGCGGAUUAUGAGAAUAUCGAGUUCAGAAAGUUGCUCCACUUGCGGGGAGGCGUGCAUAUACGUUUGAUAGUGCUUCUCACUGGACUGCAAGUUGAUCAUGUAUACUCGACUGAAAUGUUGCAGUAUACGAAUAACUUUGAUAGAGACAACGAGGCUACGUCAACC